ACUGAUUAUCGAGGAACUGGUAAAGAGUCAUCGUCUCUUCAAUCUUGAAAUUUGCAACGCGUUUGAAACUGUGAGAGAACGAGCUUCGAAUGUCCCCAACACUACCAAAGAAUUGCUCGAAUUAGGCGAAUAUAUGUUAUGGGCCGCGUCGACGUUAAUGAGAUCAUUGGAAGAAAAGAUUACUCUUUCGUUGCGUAUGAUGGCGUCUCUAAUUGAAAUGACAGCUUUAACCAAAGAUCACAUUGAGCUAAAUAACACUACUAUCCAUUGGCUGAAGCGGAUAAGGCCGAUAUUCGAUCAAAGCAGCGCUCUUUACGAACAAAUAAAAUUCGAGCUGGAGGACAAGCUCCAAAGUAGAAUCGAAGUCGUGAAUAAAGAAAUCGAGAACAUGUUUCCCAGGUUGGAGAUAAUGAACGACAUGGACGACAUGAAUCGUAUACGGGAGUACAUAGAAUUCAUGCGAAAAUUCGCACGCGACCUGGAACGUAUGGACGAAAGGAUAAAGUCGAUCAACGACGAGGAGCAGCUCUUUCAGUACCCUCUCUCUCAGUAUCCUCGCAUCAAUGAACUGAAAGAAAACAUAAUGCCGUAUUACGAUUUAAUUUAUCGCGGUUACCGCUGGCAGAGAUGCCGUGACGUUUGGUUAGAUGGCCCGUUCGAGUACUUGGAUGCGGACGAUAUCGACAACAAGUCAACCGAGUACUUUGGAGAUUUCAAUAAGAUCAGCAAACAGUACAGGACAAGAAUAAAAAUGGAACUUGCGAUAAGCUAUCCGCACGGUUUCAUAGGAUCGCCGGACGAUCCGGAUCCGUUUCAGCAACCGGCGCCUUUAAACCUUUGCCACCAACUCAUCGAGGACAUCAAAUGGUUUAAGAAAUACGUACCUCUGUUGGCGGUUUUCCGAAAUCCGGCAGUGCGGCAAAUUCACUGGGAUGAAAUGUCGCUUAUAUCUGGAUUCGACGUUACUCCCAACGCUGGUACAACCUUCCGAAAGAUUAUAAAUAUGGAUCUGAUGGAAAAUUUAGAAAAGUAUGAAAUGAUAAGCACGAGCGCGACGAAGGAACAGAUGCUCGAGGAAUCGUUGACGAAGAUGAUCAGCGAGUGGGACGACGUGUUAUUCACCACUGUGUCGUACAAAGACACGGGUGUGCAUAUCUUGUCGCAGCUCGACGAUAUUCAAGGUCUUUUGGAGGAGCACAUCAUAAAAGUCCAAGCGAUGCGGGGAUCGGCGUUCGUCAAGCAAAUCGAGGAGGAAGUUAAACAAUUUUACUCUCUCUUAUUACGAAUGCAAUCGACGAUCGAAGAAUGGACCAAAGUACAAGUACACUGGAUAUAUUUGUUACCCAUAUUUUCGAGCAGGGAUAUCGUGGCUCAGUUGCCCGAAGAGGAGAUGCUGUUCAUUCAGGUCGAUCGAAUAUUUCGCAGCGCGAUGAACGGCGUUACUAAGGAUCCUCGAGUUCGAGAAACCGCAGGCUCUGUGGGUCUCCUCGAAAUUAUGCUAGAAGCAAAUACGUUGAUGGAGAAAGUGAACGAUGGCGUGUUGAAUUACUUGGAGAAGAAGAGGCUUUUCUUUCCCCGAUUUUUUUUCCUUAGUAACGACGACAUGCUCGAGAUAUUGUCCGAGACCAAAGAACCUAUGCGGGUGCAACCUCAUCUUCGAAAAUUAUUCGAGGGGAUAAAUAAACUAGGAUUUAACGAUCAAAUGGAGAUAUAUUCGAUGUUUAGCGAAGACAACGAGGUGGUCAAUAUGCAGGAUAAAAUCUUAACGGCUGAAGCGAGAGGUUGCGUGGAACGGUGGCUCAUUCAGGUCGAGGAACAAAUGGUAAAGUCUAUAAGGCACGAAGUCCUCAUGAGCUACUUAGAUUACGAAGUGAACAAGCGAGUCGUGUGGGUGCUCAUAUGGCCCGGUAUGGUCGUGCUAUGCGUCUCCCAAAUUUAUUGGAGCAUGGAGGUUCAAAACGUUUUGAUGACUCACAUGCUCUCCGCCAUGGAAACGCUCUACGCGAAUCUCAUGUCUCAAGUAUUGGAGAUGGUCGAGCUGGUCCGAGGUAGGCAACUCUCAAAGCAAAAUCGAACCACGUUGAACGCUGUCAUUACAUUGGACGUGCACGCUAUGGACGUCGUCAAGUCCUUGAUCGACAAGAAGAUCACGGACGAGACGGACUUCGAAUGGUUGGCGCAACUGCGUUAUUAUUGGGAGGACGACGUAUUUGUCAGAAUUAUAUACACAACAGUGCCGUACGCGUACGAGUAUAUUGGAAAUUGUCCUCGUCUCGUCAUUACCCCUUUAACGGAUAGAUGUUAUCGCACGUUGAUCGGAGCGUAUUCUUUGCACUUGAACGGAGCACCGGAAGGUCCGGCUGGUACAGGCAAGACCGAGACUACGAAAGAUCUGAGCAGAGCGAUAGCAGUGCAGUGCGUAGUGUUCAAUUGCUCCGAGGGUUUGGACUACAAGAACAUGGGUAAAUUCUUCAAAGGUCUCGCGUCCUGCGGAGCGUGGUCCUGUUUCGACGAGUUCAACAGAAUCGAGCUGGAGGUGCUGUCCGUGGUCGCGCAGCAAAUUCUCUGCAUCAUCCAAGCGGUGCGCGGCCAAAUGGAGACGUUCUUGUUCGAAGGGACGGAAUUGAAGCUAAACCCUGCCGUCUACGUUUGCAUCACGAUGAAUCCCGGCUACGCAGGCCGCACCGAGUUGCCCGACAAUCUAAAAGUCCUUUUUAGAACGGUGGCGAUGAUGGUACCCGACUAUGCCAUGAUCGCCGAGAUCUUCCUCUAUUCGUCGGGUUUCAGCACCGCCCGCGAACUGUCCACGAAGAUCGUCACCACCUACAAACUCUGCUCGGAGCAACUGUCCACGCAAUCCCAUUACGACUACGGCAUGCGAGCUGUGAAAACAGUCCUGACGGCGGCGCAGAAUAUAAAACUGAAAUUCCCGCUGGAGGACGAGUCGGUGCUUUUGCUCAGAUCCGUGAUCGACGUGAAUCUGCCGAAAUUCUUGGCCCACGACGUCCCGCUGUUCCAAGGCAUCGUCUCCGAUUUAUUCCCCGGCCUGGAACUUCCUUCGCCCAGUUACGACGUGCUCUUGAAGGCCGUCCACGAAGUCGUAGAAAAGGAAAACUUACAACCAGUCGAUGGUUUCCUCUUGAAGAUCAUACAAACGUUCGAAAUGAUGAUCGUGCGUCACGGAUUCAUGCUGGUCGGAGAACCUUUCGGUGGUAAAACGUCGGUUUUGUACACGUUGGCCGCGGCUCUGACUUUGAUGCACGAGUGGGGCAACGAGAACGGUGCAGUGACCAAGUACUUCACGAUCAAUCCCAAGUCCAUCACUUUGGGACAGCUGUACGGGUUCUUCGACCCGGUUUCGUCCGAAUGGACGGACGGCGUGUGCGCCGUCGCGUUCCGGAACUAUUGCAUGGAGGACACACCCGACAGGAAAUGGAUCAUCUUCGACGGGCCGGUCGACGCCGUUUGGAUCGAGAACCUGAACACCGUCCUCGACGACAACAAGAAGCUCUGCCUGACCUCCGGCGAGGUGAUGCAAAUGUCCAACGAAAUGUCGAUGAUCUUCGAGGCUAUGGACCUUCUGCACGCCUCGCCCGCCACGGUGUCCCGCUGCGGGAUGAUCUACAUAGAGCCGCGCGUUCUGGGCUGGCAGCCGUUCUUCCGUUCCUGGCUGAACAUCCUCAACCCAGAUUGGAAGGAAAGCCAUCAGGAGAUCAUCGAGCAACUGUUCCAGUGGCUGAUCGAUCCCUGCUUGGAAUUCAUCCGAAAAAGUUGUCGCGUGAUCAUAACCGCUGGACAGAUUCAUCAGGUCCUGUCGACCAUGAAUCUAUUCCAGAUCUUCAUGGACGACGCCGUCGAACUGAAUCCCAAAACGUUCGAGCAGUUCAUCCUGGCGUGGAUGCAGGCUACCAUGUUGCUCUCGGUCGUUUGGGGCGCUGCUGGCACCUUGGAUCAUGAUUCCCGCUCCAAGUUCAACGCCUAUUAUCUCAGCCUGUGGAAGAACGAACAAACGGAACACCCGCUGCCCGAAUUUCUCGUCGAAGGUUUGAUCUCUCUUCCUACGGACGAGUUGAUACACGAUUGUUUCUACACGUACCGGGGCAGAGGCGCGUGGAGACGGUAUGCCGACAUCGCGAGGCAAGAGGAGUUCCUGGAAACGGGAAGCAUCGUUCAGAUGAUAAUACCCACCAUCGACACCGUCAAGUAUCAGACCUUAUUCCUGAAGCACGUUAAGCAUCGCAGACGUUUCCUUCUAUACGGCGAAACAGGCACCGGGAAGAGCAUCUACAUCAAAGACCUGAUCAUGAACAAGCUGAGCGAAGAAGAAUACUUGCCGCAUUUCGUCACGUUCACUCCGCAGAUAACUGCCGCGCAGACCCAGGAGUUGAUCGUGCUGAAGCUCUAUAGGAGACGCCGGACCCAGUACGGUCCGCUACCCGGUACGCACUGCGUCGUGUUCAUCGACGACGUCAACAUGCCCGCGAAAGAAACCUAUGGCUCUCAGCCACCCAUCGAACUCCUGCGGCAAUUCUUCGACCAUGGAAUUUGGUUCGACCUCAAACAGCCGGAAAUCAUUCAUAUAUUCGACACUAUGUUCGUCUGCGCCAUGGCACCGCCUGGCGGCAGCAGACAGGAGCUCUACCAGAGAUUUCUCAGGCACUUCAAUCUGUUCAGCAUCAGCAACUUUUCCGAGGACACCGUCACCAGAAUCUUCACGACCAUCGCGUUCAUUGGGCUGCAACGGAACGGCUUCACUACAGCGGUUAUGCCAACGAUCAUGGAGAUCGUGGGCGCGACGAUGAACGUCUAUCGUAACGCUCAGAAGGAGCUCAGACCGACGCCCACCAAGUCUCACUAUCUCUUCAAUCUGCGGGAUUUCGCGCGCGUGAUAACCGGAUGCGUGAUGAUCAGAGAGGAGUCCGUCGAAUCGAAGACGGACUUUACCAAGCUGUGGGUCCACGAGAUCCUGAGGGUCUUCGGGGAUCGGUUGGUCGACGAAUUCGACCGACGAUGGCUCUUUCUGAAGAUCCAGGACGUGGUCGGUAGCAACCUGAAAGAAUCGUUCGAGACAGUGUUCGGCUAUCUGCCAAAAUUCGACGAUCAUUUGACGGAGGAAAGUCUCCAGAGUCUUCUGUUCGGUAACUUCAUGGACGUGGACACUAUACCUGCUGAUCGUCGCUACGAAGAAGUGAAGUCGAUGGACGAGUACUUGGAAGUGGCGAUCUCCUGUCUGGAAGAUUACAAUCUCACGAAUAGGCACAAAUUGGACAUUGUUCUGUUCCGUUACGCUCUCGAGCAUCUCGCGAGAAUAUGUCGUAUACUGGUGAUUCCUUGCGGUAGUCUGUUGAUGGUAGGCGUGGGUGGUUCCGGUAGGCAGUCGCUAACGAGAUUGGCUGCCAGUAUGGUUGGUCAGGGUCUGUUUCAACCGGAGAUAGGUAGCACGUAUGGCUUGCAAGAGUGGAGGGACGAUAUAAAAAAGGUACUUCUGAAUUCCGGCGGCGCAGGAAAAGAUCACGUGUUUCUGUUCACGGAGGGACAAAUCAAGGAUGAAAUUUUCCUGAACGACAUAGACAGCUUGCUGAACUCUGGCGAAGUGCCCAAUCUUUUCACCAUAGAAGAGAGGCAAGAGAUUAUCGAAACCACACGAUUAGCAGCGCAGGGUGGCAACCGUAACUUGGACAUAUCGGUCCUCGCGGUCCUGGCGUACUUCGUGAACCGUUGCAAAGAGAAGUUGCACAUACUGUUGUGCUUCAGCCCCAUUGGAGACACGUUCAGGAUCAGGCUACGUCUGUACCCGAGCCUCGUGAAUUGUUGCACGAUCGACUGGUUCGACGUCUGGCCGGAGGACGCCCUGGAGCAGGUGGCUCUGCGCAGCACCACCGACAUCAACGUCGACGAAGAAGUGAAGGUCAACGCCGUGGCCUCCAGCAAAUAUUUUCACGUCUGCGCCAAAGACAUCAGCGUUCGAUUUUAUAAUCUCACCGGUAGACAAACUUACAUCACAACGGCGGGCUUUCUGGACCUUAUACGAACGUACUCGGAACUCAUGAAAGAGAAGCAAGAAGAACUUACGUUCGCCAGAGAUCGAUACAUCAACGGAUUGGAUAAACUGCUAUACGCGGCUGAGCAAAUUGACCAAAUGAGAAUAACAUUGUCGGAAUUGCGGCCGCAACUCGAAGCAUCAGCGAACGAAACGGCUGAGACUAUGAAGAAGAUCGAGACGGAGAAUAUAAGCGUUGAGAAGACGAGGAUCAUGGUAAAGAGGGACGAGGACAUGGCGAACGUGCAGGCCAAAAUCGCGAUGAAUCUGAAGACGGAGUGCGAAGCAGACCUGGCGGAAGCUUUGCCAGCUUUGGAAGACGCGAUUGCGGCUCUGAACACACUGAAGCCCGCUGACAUAGCGGUCGUAAGAACGAUGAGAAGCCCUCCUGCCGGAGUGAGGCUCGUGAUGGCCGCAGUAUGCGUGAUGUUGGACAUCCCACCCGCCAAAAUCGAAGAUCCUGCGACUGGUAGGAAGGUGAUAGAUUACUGGAGUCCUAGUAAACGUUUGUUAGGGGACAUGAGAUUUUUAGAAACCUUGCGACAGUACGAUAAGGACAACAUUCCUGUGCGCAUAAUGCAGGAAAUUAAAGAGAAGUAUAUGACGGACAAAAACUUCGAGCCAAAAGUCGUAGCGAGAGCAUCGUCAGCGGCGGAGGGCAUCUGCAAAUGGGUCAGAGCUAUGGUUUUGUACGACGAGGUCGCGAAAGUCGUCGCGCCAAAAAGAGCAAAGCUGGACGACGCGCAGCGCGAUUACGAGAAUACCGUCAAGUUCUUGAACGAGAGGCGUGAAAUGCUAGCCGAGCUCACCGAGAAGCUGGCCAUCCUCAACGAAAAUCUGGAAAUAACCCUGGCGAAGAAAAUUCAGCUUGAAAACGAGGUGACAAACUGUAGGAACAAACUGAUGAGGGCCGAGAAAUUAAUCAGCGGUUUGGGGGGUGAGAAGGACCGCUGGACAGCGGCAGCAAAGAGUUUACAACAGUCCUACGACACUCUGCCUGGCGAUAUUUUAAUCUCGUGCGGUAUGAUAGCAUACUUAGGACCGUUCACGACGAACUAUCGCGUCGAGAGUCUGGACAAAUGGAGAGCUUACGUGAAAAACUUGAGGAUACCGUGCUCGGAUAGUUACGACUUCGUCGAGGUCCUGGGAUCCGAGAUUAAGAUCAAUUCUUGGAAUAUUUACGGUUUACCGCGGGACUCGUUCUCCACGGAGAACGCGAUCAUUAUGGACAACUCGAAGAGGUGGAGUUUGUUCGUCGAUCCUCAGAGCCAAGCGAACAGAUGGAUCCGCAAUAUGGAGAAACAGAACGAACUCGAGAUCGUGAAAUUGACGGAUGCGGAUUACAUGGAUAUUAUAGAACAAGCUAUAGAAUAUGGAAAACCAGUGCUGAUCGAAAACGUUCUCGAAGAACUGGCGGCGCCCCUUGAUCCUAUUCUAAUGAAAUCUAUAUACAAAAUGGCUGCUCUGUGGUUCAUCACGCUUGGCGAGAAAGUAAUCGAAUAUAGUUUACGCUUUAGACUAUACAUCACAACGAAGCUACGCAAUCCGCAUUACCUGCCGGAGGUGUUCAACAAAGUAACGCUGAUUAAUUUUGCCUUAACGAUAAGUGGUUUGGAGGAUCAGCUUUUAGGUAUAGUGGUUGCGAAGGAAAGACCAGAUUUGCAGGAAAAGCGAGAAUAUCUGAUCGUUCAGAGCGCCGCGAAUAGAAAAGCUUUACAGCAAGUGGAAGACAAUAUUCUGAGGACGUUAUCAGCAUCCGGUGCGAGUAUCUUAGAGGACGAGGAAGCCAUUGAGAUCCUAGACUCGUCCAAGAUCCUCUCCAUCGAUAUAUUGAAGAAACAAUCCGCUGCGAAAAAGACGGAAACGCAGAUCGAAGGUUUUCGUCAAAAUUACAAACCCAUUGCGAAACAUAGUUCUGCUCUGUACUACACGAUCACCGAUCUACCCAACAUCGAUCCGAUGUAUCAGUAUUCGUUGAUGUGGUUCAUCAAUUUGUACGUUAACUCCAUCGAAACUGCGAACAGGAGUAAAAUUCUCGAAAGGAGGCUCAUGUUUUUGCGGGAAACUUUCACUUACACCCUGUACCAGAACGUUUGCAGAUCGUUAUUCGAAAAAGACAAGGUCUUAUACUCGUUCGUUUUGUACACGACGAUCUUACUGACGGAGAACGCGAUCACGAAAGAAGAGAUAACGUUCUUUUUAACCGGAGGCGUCGCCUUGGCUGAAAUCCCCAGAAAUCCCGCGUCCGAUUGGCUUCCGGAAAGAUCGUGGGGCGAGAUUUGCAGAGUGCGCAUUCUACCAAGUUUCGCCAACUUUCAGACAAAUUUCCUUCGAAACCUGAACGCGUGGAAGGACUAUUACGACUUAUUGGACCCGGAGAAUUCACCGAUACCGGAUCCGUGGGAGAAAACUUUGACUCCGUUUCAAAAGCUGAUCGUCGUAAGAAUGAUCAGAACCGACAAAGUGAUGAUCAUGAUACAACGAUUCGUCGAGGCCGGAAUGGGCUUACACUUCAUCGUACCUCCGCCCUUCGAUAUCUCCAAGUCUUUCGCGGAUUCGAAUUCCCUGGUACCGUUGAUCUUUAUCCUCUCUCCGGGCUCCGAUCCGAUGGAGGCGUUGACAAACUUUGCGGAGAGCAUGAACUUCACGGAGAAAUUUCAUUCGAUCUCGCUGGGGCAAGGCCAAGGGCCGAUCGCUCAGAAGCUAAUCGACAAAGGACAAGGCGAUGGAGAGUGGAUCUGCUUGCAAAACUGUCACCUGGCCGCUUCCUGGAUGCCCACGCUGGAGGCCAUCUGCGAACACUUCGAUCCUUCUAACACGCACUCCCACUUUCGUCUCUGGCUCACUAGCUAUCCUUCGGAUCAGUUUCCUAUUACGAUUCUGCAAAAUGGCGUCAAAAUGACCAACGAACCUCCGACCGGGUUGCAGAAUAACAUCAUGAGAUCGUACAAAUCCGAGGCAGCCAGAGACCCAAACUUUUUCGACACUGACUUGAAGAAAAAGAGAGCGUACGCGAAGCUGCUCUACGCUUUGUGUUUCUUUCACGCCGUGGUGCAAGAGAGGCGAAAUUACGGAGCGCAGGGUUGGAACAUUAAAUAUGGCUUUAACGAAUCCGACCUUCAAAUAUCCGCCCAACAACUUCAAUUGUACAUAAACGAUUACAGCGACGUUCCGUUCAAAGCGAUCGUGUAUCUCACAGGGGAGUGCAAUUACGGUGGCAGAGUCACGGACGACAGAGAUCGAAGAUGCUUGAAUACGAUAUUGCAGGAUUUUUUUAACAAAGACGUGAUCACGGAUCCGAACUACUCUUUCGCGGUCGUCGGCCAGGAAUACUCCCUACCGAAAAGACACGAAUACGAAGACUACAUCAAGCAGAUCGAAGGGAUUCCUUUGAAUCCACCGCCAGAGACGCUCGGAUUGCAUAUGAAUGCAGGAAUAACGCGGGACCUCGAGCUGGCGAACAAUUUCUUCGAAUCGAUGAUGUUGAUUCAGGGAACGGUGACGGUAGGCGAUACCUCUAAGCAGGAUGAGAUACUACUGAACAUAAAAAAAGACAUAUACGAUAAAAUGCCCGCGCUGUUCGACAUCGAAGAAGCGCAGAAACGAUAUCCAGUCAUGUACAUGGAAUCCAUGAACACGGUACUGAUACAAGAAUUAGAGAGGUACAACACUCUUUUGUACGAAGUUCGAAGAUCCCUCGAUAUGCUUGAAAAAGCGGUGGAAGGGCUAAUAGUGAUGACUCCUGCGCUCGAAGUUUUAGCUAUUCAUAUAUUGAACGCGAAAAUACCACCGUCCUGGACGAAAGCGUGCGCCUAUCCGACUCUGAAACCAUUAUCAGGCUUCGUCAAAGACUUUCUCGAUCGAUUGAAUUUCUUCCAAAAAUGGUUGACAGAGGGAAUGCCAAAGACUUUCUGGAUAUCCGGGUUCUCGUUCGCGCACGGUUUCCUCACAGCGGCCACGCAAAACUUUGCAAGAAAAUACAAGAUACCCAUCGAUCAAAUCGAUUUCGAUUACAAGGUUCUCGUUUCAUGCAUUUCUUAAUUGUAAUCCGACUAAAUCGACAUUGAUUUUGCGGCGACAUUUAAAAAUUGUAAGAUACGUUAUAGUUUUCGCAAUUCGUUAGGUAUUUCCUACGUUUGAGUUAAAUACUUCGCCAACGGAUGGCGUUUACGUUUACGGCAUGUAUCUGGUCGGUGCAAGAUGGGAUAUGCCGAGUAUGCUACUCGAAGAAAGUUAUCCGAAAAUCCUUUGGGAACCUA